UGCAAUCCCCUGGUAACUAUAAAAGGUAAAGUUGGCAGACCCAUCAGUAGACAGUAGACUAUAUACAGUCUUAUACUAAAUAACUUCUUUACACAAAAACAUGUUUCGCUUGUUAGUCCUCGUUUGCGCUGUGGCGCUUCCGGCCAGCCACGCAAUCCCGGUCGAUCCUUCUUCAUCGCCGUCCGGCCAAAUUUCGACCUUUCAGCAGCCGUCGCCCGUCUCGUUUGCCUCUUCCCCAUCGGCAUCCAUGUCUCCGUCUGUCGGCAUGAUGCAGCCAACAGCUGUUGCUGGACGGGUCGUUGAACCUGUGGCUUUCAGCGCCGUUCGGGCCUCCGACAAGAGCCAAAAAUCCAAUUCCAAGAUCUUCUUCGAUACCACUCUGAGCGAUAUCGGUUUCGGAUGGAAUUCCAGAAGCAGCGAGUUCAUCUGCUUCUAUCCGGGCUCUUAUUUCUUCACCUUCACCGCAAUCUCUGAUUCCGGCUCCCAUUUCAAAGCCGCUUUGAUGAAGAAUAGCGACGAAGUCGUCGUUGCUUGGGGCGAACGAGUCGGGUAUCAAUCAGCCUCCAAUUCGGUCAUUUUGAAUUUAGACAAGAACGAUCGAGUCUAUCUCAACAUCAAGGAAGGGGAAAUCUACGAAACUUCGAAAACUGGACGUGGCUACACAAGUUUCUCAGGUUUCCGAAUCUAUUAAAUCAUUUUCAGUUGAAUCACCCGCCCCACAAUGUCCUUCGCUUAUUUUUACAUUUCGGUUGUUUUCUACAUUUUCUAAAUUCUGGUGGCAAUUUGUAUGAAUAACUAUUGUUUGGUUUCGUGAGAGAAUAAAGCGAUUAUAGAGUGUA